AUGAAAGACGGCGAUAUGCAGCAAGAGAGGAACGGCACAGAUGCCGCUACUGCAGCACCUCUCUCUGCAGGUGAGACCGCGUUGUCGGACAUGAAUGCCUCAUUUGCUCGCUGCUUGUCUCUUGUCUGUCCUCCCAUCCAGUACCCGCCGCACUGCCGCUUUAAUCCCGUCCGAGACGCAGCCGAUACGGCGGUGCUCGAAACGCAACUGGAGGAGUUUUUCCUCCAUGCGAAGCAGCUGGAGCAGCUGUUUCUGAUCGAUUCAGUGCGUAAAUUGUCGUGUGGGGACACGCAGGCUUCAGCACCAGGUGACGUGAAAGCGGACAUCACGCAGUGCGAAGCAAUGAAGGAAGGAGGACUGCCGCAGCCAAGCGAGCUGGAGCUGGAGAUUCUGAACCUCGAGGCCGAGCUGGCCGAGAAGAACGACUUGAUCGACAAGUACACGGACGUGGUGCGAGGGUGGGAGGGGAAAUUCAAGAGACUGGAGCACCGCAUGUCGCCUGUUCGAGACUGA